UACACAUAAAAAAAUCCAAAUAUCAUAAGAAAAAUAUUAGUAAUGGCUAAUACCAAAGACUCAUACCACAUAAUUACAAUGGAUACCAAAGAAUCUUCAAUUCCAAAUCUUCCAAUGAAAGAAAUUCCUGGUGAUUAUGGUGUCCCAUUCUUCGGGGCAAUAAAAGAUCGUUACGACUUUCAUUACAAUCAAGGUACUGAUGAAUUUUUCAGGUCUCGUAUGGAAAAAUAUGAUUCCACUAUCUUUAGAACUAAUGUCCCUCCCGGUCCUUUCAAUGCUCGUAACUCUAAAGUUGUUGUCCUUGUGGACGCGGUUAGUUAUCCCAUCCUUUUUGAUAACUCCCAAGUCGAUAAGGAAAACUACUUUGAAGGUACUUUUAUGUCCUCCCCAUCUUUCAACGGUGGUUAUAAGGUUUGCGCUUUUCUUGACACUACAAAUUCCAAACACUCCGUAUUGAAAGGACUUAUCCUAUCCACACUAGCUAGGUUGCAUGACAAGUUCAUCCCUAUCUUUAAUACCUCAAUCACUCAGAUGUUUACAAGUCUUGAAAAAGAAUUGUCUGAGAAAGGAACGUCUUACUUCAAUCCCAUGAGUGAUAACUUGUCGUUUGAAUUCCUCUUUCGAUUGUUUUGUGAGGGGAAAAAUCCAGUUGAUACAAGUGUUGGUACUAAUGGACCAAAAAUUGUUGACAAAUGGGUUUUUCUUCAACUAGCUCCAUUGAUUUCACUUGGCCUUAAAUUUGUACCAAACUUUCUUGAAGAUUUGGUGUUGCACACUUUCCCUCUACCCUACUUCCUUGUAAAAGGAGAUCAUCAGAAACUAUACAACGCGUUCUAUAACUCCAUGAAGGAUAUUUUAGAUGAAGCGGAGAAACUUGGAGUUAAAAGAGAAGAAGCUUGUCAUAACUUUAUUUUCCUUGCAGGAUUCAAUUCAUAUGCCGGUAUGAAAGUGUUCUUUCCAUCUUUGAUAAAGUGGAUCGGAACAUCAGGACCUACUUUACAUACUAGACUUGUUAAAGAAAUCAGGACCGCGGUUAAAGAAGCAGGAGGGGUAACUCUUUCAGCUAUAGAUAAAAUGCCUCUUGUUAAGUCUGUGGUUUAUGAGACCUUAAGAAUGGACCCUCCAGUUCCGUUCCAAACGGUUAAGGCUAGGAAAAAUAUAAUUGUUUCUAACCACGAAGCAUCGUUCUUGAUCAAGAAAGAUGAAUUGAUAUUUGGAUAUCAACCAUUGGCUACAAAGGACUCAAAAGUUUUUAAGAAUGCGGAGGAGUUUAAUCCAGAUAGAUUUGUGGGAUAUGGAGAGAAGUUGCUUAAGUAUGUGUAUUGGUCAAAUGGUAAGGAGACUGAUAAUCCAACUGUGAACGAUAAACAAUGUCCUGGUAAAGAUCUGAUAGUGUUAUUGGGAAGGCUAUUGGUGGUGGAGUUUUUCAUGCGUUAUGAUACUUUUGAAAUUGAAUUUGGAAAACUCUUGCUUGGUUCAAAGGUGACUUUUAAGUCAUUAACCAAAGCAACAUCAUGAAGUGAAAUGAAUAUAAGGGUGGGAUGGAGUGGUUUGUUUUUAUAAUAAGGAAGAACUAUCUCAUAAGAUUAUAACAAUAAUCUAGCUAGGGGUAGUUCAAAAUUCAACUUUUCAUCUUGAAAGAGUGUAAUUUUCUAUAUUUUAAGUUUGUAUUAAAAUCUACGAGAUGCGUGGAUGAUAAAGCAAGUUAAUUAUGAUAAAAUAUUAUCUUAUAAUAUUUGUUUGAUCAUAUUG